GUCGGUGGGUUUGUCUGCCCACGUGGUGUGUGACGUCGCAGUGUGAGCAUGGCGGAGCGGGAGAGUAACGGGAUGCCCCGGGCCAGCUCUGUGACCUCCCUGUCCCAGGCUCUCUCCCACACCCGGCUGGACCUGCUGGACCAGGACAACAUGGCGGCCACCCCCCGGCCCAGCGCCCCCCCGGCCAUCCGCAAGCGGAGACUGUCCAAGAGCCAGAGCCUGGCCGGGUCCCUGGAGAGUCUGAACGGCAUGGCCAGCGAGGCCAGGGUCCUGGUCAUCAACACCGGGGGCACCAUCGGCAUGAUGGUCCAGAACGAGGUGCUGGCUCCUCAGGCUAAUGCUUUUGCAAAGGCCUUGAAGAAACUUCCCAUCCUUCACGACGAGGUUUACGCCCAACAAACCAAACUCUAUGAAUUCCUUGACUUCCCGGAAAAUACCUUGGUGCUCCCGGUUUCUAAACAGAACAAAAGAAUUGUGUACACCAUUCUAGAGUAUGCCCCGCUUCUGGACUCCUGUAACAUGACUACAGACGAUUGGGCCAAAAUUGCUAAGGAUAUCCAGAAACAUUACGAGCAUUUUGAUGGCUUUGUUAUCCUACACGGAACAGACACCAUGGCUUACACUGCAUCCGCGUUGUCAUUUAUGUGUGAACAUUUGGGGAAACCUAUAGUCCUGACCGGGUCCCAGGUUCCCAUUUACGAGAUGAGGAAUGAUGGCCGGGACAACUUGCUGGGAGCUCUGCUAAUUGCAGGACAGUUUGUGAUCCCAGAGGUGUGCCUCUACUUUCAUCAUAAAUUGUACAGGGGAAACCGGGUGACGAAGGUGGAUGCUGGGAGUUUCAAUGCGUUCACAUCUCCCAACUUGCCUCCACUUGCAAAUGCUGAAGUCGAUAUAACAAUUAAUUGGGAUACUGUUUGGAGAGCAAACACUACCAAGAAGUUCCUCGUCCAUACAGACAUGAACCGGAACGUGGGAUUGCUGCGGAUAUUUCCUGGGAUCACCGCUGCAACAGUCAAGGCAUUCCUGCAGCCCCCCAUGGAAGGCAUUGUACUUGAAACAUAUGGGUCUGGCAACGCUCCUGAUUGCCGGCUGGAUUUACUCGGUGAACUUAGGGCAGCCACAGACCGCGGGGUGGCAAUUAUGAACUGCACGCAGUGCUUGCGAGGCUCGGUCACAAUGUCUUAUGCAACAGGAAAGGCUCUUAGUGAGUGUGGGGUCAUCCCAGGUUGUGACUUAACUCCAGAAGCAGCUUUGGCAAAAUUGUCCUACGUUCUGGGCAAAACUCACCUCAGCCAGCAGGAGAAACGAAAGAUGCUGUUUGAAAAUCUCAGAGGGGAAAUGACAGUAAGUGCCACUGGAGCCAAAAUCUCUCUCCGGGACAGCAGAUUCAUUCAACUCGUUGCCAAAUCUGUUGGCGUGAGCUGCAAAGAGGAACUGGAAGCUGUCAGAGAUGCGUUAACUCCAGCUUUAGCUUGUGCCGCUGCUAGGACUGGGGACAUAAACGCUUUGGAGGCAAUUCGUGACAUGGGAGGAAACUUGAGCAGCGAAGACUAUGAUGGACGAACACCUUUACAUGUCGCGUCCUGCGAGGGGCAUUACACAGCGGUUCAAUAUCUUUUAAAUCACGGGGCCACGGUGUACGCCAAAGAUCGUAAUGGAGAUACGCCACUGAUGAAUGCUGUGAAAUUCAGACACGUGGAGAUUAUCCAGCUGUUGCGUCAGACCGGAGCGCAUCUGUCGUGGGAAGAACUGGAGCACAGUGGGACUGAACUCUGCAGUUUGGCUUCCAUUGGUGACGUUGAUGGACUGACCGCUUGGGAAUUUGCAGGAGCGGACAUGAAUCAAACAGGAUAUGAUGGACAAACUCCAUACCAAGUAGCAGAAGCUGUUGGCAAUGAGGAAGUUUUGGAGUUUUUUAAUGCUAAAAAAUCUCAGAUCUUUCUCAAUGGAAGCACAAGUGAUAAAGAUAGCUAUUUAAGCAGCUAAGUGGUAAUAAAUAUUACAGGGAGCACAUCAAGAAAUGUCACAAUGCUGACUUCUAAAAGGACCUAAAUUCCUGCCUUCCUUAGUCUUUUGGUUCUGCGAUAUAUCGGUGUUGUAAAAGUAUUGACCUAAAUAAGUGACACCGUAUU